AUGGCUGAAGAUAGAAAAGAUGCUCAAAAUACUGAAUCGACGUCGACUAUAACCCCUAGCCUUCCAAGUAACGUACCACCAACCAAAAUUGAUAACUGCAAGAUCAAAGACGCGAUAAUCUCUCACGGGUGUUUCUUGCGGGAGUGUAUUGUGGAACACUCGAUUGUUGGCGAGAGGUCACGGUUAGAUUUCGGUGUUGAGCUGAAGGAUACGUUAAUGAUGGGGGCAGAUUAUUACGAAACAGAAUCCGAAAUUGCAUCUCUUCUGGCUGAUGGAAAAGUGCCAAUAGGGAUUGGACAGAACACAAAAAUUAGCAACUGCAUUAUUGACAAGAAUGUAAGGAUAGGGAAAGAUGUCAUUAUCACGAACAAAGACGGAGUUGAAGAAGCAGAUCGGCCCGAGGAAGGGUUCUACAUUAGGUCCGGGAUUCCGGUUAUAAUGGAGAAAGCAGUGAUCAAAGAUGGAAUAGUUAUAUAAUGAGAGCAGAGCAGCCAAACAUGGUUGGAGAAACAUAUGCAGAGAAUUAUGUUUCCAUCUAGGAUAGCUGAGGUUUUUCAUCUCCGGAAAACCAGGUUUUGUGCAUUCUUUCCAGUGUACAAGUGCAAGUCAGAUAUAUGGUUUUCUCUUUCUUUUUGGUUGUAAAAUUAUCCAAAUUUAUAUCAAGAAUAAUCCAGGAGCUAAAGGCCUGAGCUAUACUCAUAAAAUGUAGCAUCACCCCCCUCUCCCUUUGGUCGAGCAAUUUCAUACCUUCUAUGAACUCUACUUAUUAUUCAAACAGAAAUCUCACCUUCUAUGAA